AUGCCGAAGAACGCGAAAACGUCGCUGGAGAUUGUCGAGAGCGCCGAUGGUGCGAUCGCGCCGCCGCGAAUGCCGAAAUUCGAGCCGCCCGCUCCGCUGCCGUCGUUGGCGCCGGCCGCGCCCAAAUCGGCGCGACUCAAGUCCAAAGUUCAAUUCGAUCGAGCCGGUAUUGAUUGCCGAUUCGGCGAUAUCACAUAUGUUCGCACAGCAUGCGUGAUGCGUCGCAAAUACCUCAGCGUUCCAUCGCGCUAUCGCGCCGACGACAUUCCAUCCGACGACUACAUUCUGCUGGAUCUCGUCGUUCCCGCUGUGUUGGGUGUGGUCGCGUUGUGCGCGACACUCGUCAUCAUCAAACAUUUCAUCAUAAUUGAUGAGCGUCGAGAAUUGAUCUCCAAAACUCAAUACAAUAUGAUACGAAGAGUUGAAUAUGUCAAAUUUCAAGCGAAAAAGAAGCAAGAGGUCUUGAGUGGAAAAUAG